AUGGAGAAAUUUUCAAGAUCCAAAUCAACAAGGGACAACCCAGGAGGAGUGUAUCCGAGUAUGCGUGAUCUGAGAAGCUUCAGCACUUCAGGGUACAAUCCCAACCAAAGUCGUGAUUUUGUGAGUGACAACUUUAAGGACAUGAAAACCAAGAAUGGAAAUAACAAUAAUAGUAAUAACAAGAGCAAAAUUGCAUCUUGCUCCACCAAGAAUUGGAAUUUCAACGUGGACCCAGAAUUGCAGAGGAAGAAAAGAGUUGCGAGCUACAAAGCUUAUUCGGUGGAGGGCAAAAUGAAGAGCUCGUUCAGAAAGAGCUUCAGAAAAAUGUGAAGAUCUUGAUGAUUUAAGAGUUUUUAUCUAGUAGAUUAAUCGAUCCUACUAAUGGGUAAUGUCCAGAGUUUUAACCAUUAGAUCAGAUAUAUUUGUACGAGUCACUAAUUGAUAAAAGACAAUUAGGGAGGUUGAAAUUUACUCUAAUACAGAAGGAAAAUUAAUGUUGAAACAAGGCA